GAAAAAUUUCAAUUGAUAUUUGUGUUUGUCGAUUGGCAUUUUCCGAUUUUUUUUCUCUGACAACUGACAUAAUUAUAAUUAGAAUUCCAAUUAUUUUUGGAUGAUAAUAAUUUUCCAACGUUAAAUUUAAAAAAAAAAAUGCAGUACUAAUUUUAUCGGAAUCAUAUAAUCAAAGUUGAUUAUUUCGUUUUGUUUAUAUCUUGAUUGCUCAAUAUAUGCGAUCGACUAUUCCCGCAUGUGUAUGUUAAUUUAAAAGAAAACGAUUCUGUUUUCAAUAAUAUAAAUCGAAAAAAAAUUGGAUUUUUAUGGAUAUUUUUUAAAAAGAAAAUCCUCUGUGAAUCGGAAAUUUUGAUUCAAAAAUUAUGACAGAACAACUGUCAGUUAAUCCACAAUUGAGGAUGGACGAAUCCUUGAAAACAAAUUCUGUUGAUCAUUCAAUGAUUAAUGGAAGUGACAAUCAAACAAUGGAUCAAACGGGCAAUAAUCAAGCAUUAAAUGAUCCAGUAACGAAAGCUGUUGUCGAUAAUAUAAUGGGAAAUUUGCCCACAAAAAAACCUUUUUAUCGUUGUGAUGAUUGUGAUCUCUCGUUUACAAGUAAUACAGUAUUAGAUGCUCAUUUACAAGGCGCACGUCAUGCUAAACAGAUUAGAUCGAAAACCAUAAUGGCCACCUUAGAUGAAUCGAAAAUUCCAUUUGCUAAAGAUGCAGAAACAAAUGGACUUCAAUGUAACGUUUGUAAUGUUCGCCUCAAUUCGUUACAACAACUUCACACGCAUUUAAAUGGAAAUCGACACAAAAAGAAAGCGAUAAGAGGGGGAUGGCGAAUUCCUGAAACGGAAGCUGAUAUUCAAUUAGGAAAUCCAUCAUCUUCGCAAAAGGUUAUAACUGGACAAUUAUUACAAAAAACCACUUGCCGUCCUUGCAAAGAAACGUUUGACAGUCUAAAAUUAUACAAAAAACACUGUAUUAGUAAGAAACAUCUGAAUAUGGUGAAAUUAAAGAAGAAGGAGAAGAAACGAAGAAUAUUUAUUGAAUUACAAAAGAAGGAGGCAAAGGCAAAUCGUAAUUCGUCGGAUAUAAACUUUGACUCUAAAUCAACAUUGCAGGAUUAUUUUGUGUCAAGUGGCUUUAUUCAUAAUGGCGUGGCUUGCAAAAUGAGUGAUGACGCUUUUUAAAUACGAGAGAGAAACAAAAAGACUCAAAAGUGCGUUUUGAAAAUGAUAAAUUUUUACCAAAAGAAAAAAACGGGAUAACGAAUCUAUAUAUAAAUAUGUAAGUAUUAUUAAUUUUUUUUAUUUUUUUUUGUCUUUUUUGCAAAAAAAAAAAAAAAGAAAUAUAUUUGAAAGAACAGGAAUACAAUAAUAUAAUUGUAAAAUUAUAUAUAUAUAUUUCAAUUACAAAAAUAAUUGAAAAUGGUGCAUGAGUUGAAAUCUCGGUAUAAUGCCUGGAUUACAAUUAAAAAAGCCGUGAAUAUGA